CAACAAAAUAAGAAACACAUAUAUAUCUUGAUGUGAAUAGCUAAUUGUUCCAGCACCGAUUCGCGCCAAUAUUCCUGUUCCUGCCAAAGAAAUGAAAACAAAACGUAAAACCAUAACAUAACUGGACCCAACUAAGAGACAAGCCGUGCUGCCUCCACCAUUUUGAUUUCCCCACUCAGCGUGUGUGCGUGCUUGCAGUGCUUGUGCACGAUGCCAGUAAAAUGUGCAAAACCGGACAUAAAACAAACUUUUCCUAGUGUCAUCUAGUGAGCCAUGGAGCGGAUUUUGCCUGAAGAAGCGGAAGCGGCCUACUUGAGCGAAGCGCGGGAGCAGAUAUUGGAAAUAGCCAAGAAUCGGCCGGGAACCCAAGUGGCCAAGUGCAUCCGCGCCUACGAUGAGCAACAGGACCUGGCCUCGCUAGUCGUCCUCCUCGAAGAGCUCUCCAAAAACACGGACUACUCCACGGACCUACGGAUAUCACUGGGAUAUUAUAUUGAAGAGCUACUGCGCCACUGCUUAGGACGAAAUGAUGUCUCUCGAAGAUCGGCCAUCGUGGCCGCAGGAAGUGCCCUCCAGUACUGCGGCAAGAUCUAUGGAGACCGAGUGGAGUACCUGUGCCAGGUGGUGGAGCACCAGAUCGAAGCCCUGCUCACAUCGGAGUUGCAGAAGGAGACCCCUAGCGGAAGUGCUGCACCGGAGAAAAACGAGCGCAGGCCUGAGGAAACGCGCAAACGUCACCCUAAAAAGCUAACUAACAAGGAAGUUGAUCCCUAUUUGCUCACGUUGGAACCGAAAAGGUUUAAAACCAUGUCGGACGACAAGCGCUUCAACGCGGCGGGCUUUGUAAAGUGCACGAGAAAUCGGACGAUAGAAUACCUUUAUCAGGAUCACACGCCGCCCAACCUGUGGAAACACGCGCCAAUUGUGGAUCCUCACAAUCCCUACGACCAGGAUGAGAAAAAGCAAUACAAAAUGUUUACGUAUCACGUAGAGCAUAGAUACAAUACGCUUCUGCCAGAUAUUCCCUUCGAAAGGCUGAAUCUCAUUAAAGAAUAUGUUCACACAAAUCAGGUGAACACCACUGAGAUUCUUAAUGAGCACAUGACCACAAAGGAAUAUCUGGACGAGUAUAUUGCGCUGGAGAAUCAAAUGCUAGCAGCCCGCUAUGGAGCCAUUGUCACAAGGAGAAGAAGAUUGGUUGAUUCCGCGAGAUUUAUGGAGGACAAUUUGGAUGAGGGACUGGCGAAAAAAAUGUGCAUGGACAAGAAUCUGCCAAUGGACACGAACGAAACUGUUCUUAUUGACCAAUCUUUGGUGGAUGAAAACAGCAGGUCGUUAACCACAGCCGAGUCUACGAUGGGCAUCAGUCAGGCGGAGAACUCUACUUUAAAGAGUAGCGAAGUCGAGGCGACUUUAAGCGUCAGCCAUAUAGAAAACUCCUUAAGCGAUAGCCAAGAAGAGAAUCCUCCGCUGAGCAGCACAUUAGCCAUUAACGAGUCUAGUGUUCUCGACAGCACGAGAGUGGAUCCCAUAAAAGAUCUCACUCUAGAUGAACUGUUGCUAAUCGAUUCAGGGAUCAGUAUGGAAGAGCUUUCCGAUAUUCAAAUGCAUACAGCAGGCCAGUCUUUUGAUGAUGAGGGUGUUGUUCUUUCAGAUUUAGAAGAUCAACGCCAGUUGUCGCCCAUGUUGCAGAUGGUUAGCCCAUCGAUGGAGGCAAAAACGCUCAAUAUCAUUGAGAUGGAUGCUGAUCUUAUCAUGAAUGUUCCAAGGGAGGUGAGCUAUCCUAUUCUGCUGAAUGUUAUGGGUCUCCCCAUAAAACGCCUGCGUCGGAAAUGCAUCUUUAAACUUCCACCUGAGUUCGACUUAUUCAGGCAAGCACGCCUUCCUAUUAAGCGAGAGGGACAACAAAAAUCCCCAACCACUCCCAGAACUGUACUGCAAAUUGGAAGAGAGGCUCCCCAAAAUGAAAGAGAACCCGGCUCCCCCUGUAGUUUAGAAUUUGAUGAGGACUUGAAUUUUCUGGGUUUCCGCCAACGUCGACCCACAUUUGACUCGGGCUUCGAUAUCGAAGAGCCGCGUGUAUCAAGUUGUGUCUCCACUAUCGGAGAAGUUAAAACUGAGCUUGAAGAUGAGAUUGAAGCCAACACCAAUAAUUUAACUGACGCGAGCGCCAGCGACGCCUUGAAUGAGAAUGUGAACGAUACAAAGGAAAGUGGGCUGGGAGAUUCACUAGCGCAGGAAUUAAACGCUUCCACCGAACCCAAUGCGGAAAACAAUACCGCAAAUUCAUCGCAACUUGAAGUGACUGCUACAGAAUCCUCCGGAACGCUAAGCGGACUGGAAACCACAGUGGAUUUAGGAAUGGAGAGCGCGUUAGUUAGUUCUGUAUUGGAUUUAAGUACCGAACCGAGUGCAAUGGAUAGUAACAUUAUAAAUGUCACCCAACCUGACAAUUCAGACCUAGAGAUUUCAACCGUGCAGGACCAAGAUACCUUACAUGACGAAGCAGAUGCAAAUGAUUUGUCUGCUGAAACACCCAAUCCAAUUGCCGACUCAGCAGUCGACGACUGCUCAUUGAUCCGGGACUGGCAUAGACGAUUGGCUCCUGCUUUGGAAGCAGCCCAUGAACGGCAGAAUUUCAAUAUUAAGGACUUGGGCACCGAGAUCCUGGACAUUUGCAAGGCGGGCAACAGAACAGCCACGUUAGCCGACGUCAUGGCUGACAAGGAUCCUAGUAUCAUGUGUCGCUACAUGCUGGCUUCCCUGGUACUGACGAACCACGGAAACGUGUCUCUGGAUUUUGAAAAUCGCGAUAAAAGUAAGCCCAUCGACAUGUCUCAGUUUCGAAUGCAUUUAAAGAGUAUGAAGCGAAUGGAAAUUAAUCCCGAGGACGACGUGGGCAACAUAAAUGCUGCCCAGAGCAAAUCGACGCCGAGAAGUAAACAGCUAAAUGAUUCAGCUCACAAGCCACGAACAAGCACGACGGCAUCUGCACCAACAAAACGAAAGUCUGCGGAAAAUUCUUUAUCCGAGGUGUUUGCUAAAACUGUGCGAUUGAUACAGCCCAUCCCAAAGAUGUGGCCUACUCCUUCUGAUGCCGACUCGGGGAUAUCUUCGAUGGGCUCAUCAUUGGCAUCGACAGCCCGCCUGAAGUAGUAGCCGUGUUUCGUCUUAAAUGUGCUUAGUAGUUCUUUGUAGAUAAGAUUCCUUGCGUCCUGACCCAGUAGUAGAGUCUAGUUUGUGUGCCCCCUUAUUCGAAUUCAAUUUUUAUGUAUAUUAUUUUCAGGCCGAGAGAUCAAUGCGCUUUCCCAUGCGGUACAACAAGAUCAAGAGGCUGCAUUAGAUAUAUGUUCUUGCCAGAUUAUUUACCCGCAAUCGUGUACAAAUGUAAGUUUUAGUUACGUAUUAUUAGGAAGCUUGCAAUAGAAAGAAUGCUUUAGCUUAAGCUUAUCGAUGUAUGAAUCAAUAUUUCUUUAGAGUAGUAAACCAGUAUUAUCUAAGCUCGAUUUUCCUAAGCAUGAAGCCGUUUUUUAGUUUUUCUUUCACUUCACUUUUUUAACUUUUUACGACGCUUUUAGUUGCUUAUGAAAUUUUCACAUUUUUAUUAAUUUCUAUUUCUUUUGAACAUUUUUGAUUUAUUUUACUUUACCUACGAAUAGAUUUAUUUCGUAUUCUUAUUAUUUCUAUGAUUUCCUAAAAAUUUAACACUAUACCUCCUUUGAUUUAGAACAAAAAUAGACAAAUGACUUUUUGAUUGACGAAGCGCGUGUUUUGGAAAUCCUCAUGAGCUGAUAGUACUAAAUUCAAGUACCUGAUCUCGUCUGUACAAAAGUAUAAACAUAAGAACUCUUCGGACAUAAGACAAAGUUCAAGAUAAAUUAAGGAUAAAGUGUAUAUAUACGUAUGUAUUUACCAGAGUGCAAGCUAGUGUCUAUUUACAAUCAUUUUAAGAUAUAAUGUUUUUUUCGUAAGUAUAACGUGUAGUUCUUAAGGAAUAAAACGGAACCAUGCAAUU